GUUCUCCUGUAUCUCCUGAUCCUCCUUUGGGAUUUCUCAGCAUAAACCUGCUCCUUCGUCCUACACUGGAGUUGAAGCAGCUUGUCACAGGACAGGAAACAUGGUAGUAGUUGCGGCAUGGAGUUAGGUUGGGUCUUGGCUGAGCAAUGGUCUGGGUGGUGACCUUGCUUGAUUUGGCUGCUCUUGGCAGGGCUCUUUUGCACUGAGGGGAAGCUGAAGGCAGUGGGACUCCUUACGCAGCCACUGGCUCAUGACUCCAUCUUGUUGCGUGGCUCCUUUGUGGUGGGCUUCAGGCUGCUGCUAACCCAUGUCCCUGCUCUGCUUGCCCCUGCCCUGUCUCCAGGUGAAGCUCUACCAUCCAGACAUGUCCUGCUACAGCCCGUGCCUGCCCUGCCAGCCCUGCGGCCCGACCCCGCUGGCCAACAGCUGCAAUGAGCCCUGUGUCAGGCAGUGCCAGGACUCAAACGUUGUCAUCCAGCCCUCCCCCGUGGUGGUGACCCUGCCUGGACCCAUCCUCAGCUCCUUCCCACAGAACACCGCCGUGGGCUCCUCCACCUCUGCUGCCGUUGGCAGCAUCCUCAGCUCCGAGGGAGUGCCCAUCAACUCCGGGGGCUUUGGCCUCUCUGGCUUGGGCCUCUCUGGCUUGGGCGGCCGCUUCUGCGGCAGGAGGUGCCUCCCCUGCUAAAGCUGCUGGCGAUGGCCCUGGGGAAGGGCCCAGGGACACACAAGAUGGCACCGCACUGGGGAUGCCGACUCCUUUCUGCCUUUGGUGCUCCCUGCACCAGGAUCUCCACUCACAGUGUCCUUGUUUCCCUCUUUUGACUCAUUAAAGUUCUGCUGCAUCCCAA